AUGGAUGUCAAAAGUGCAUUCUUGAAUGGUGAUCUUCAAGAAGAAGUCUAUAUGCAACCACUUCCUAGAUAUCCUCACUCAUCUAAUCAGGCCCUUGGUUUCUCUUCCAGCUCUUAUGAUUUUGCACUCUUUAUCCGCAAAUCUCAACAUGGCAUUGUUCUUCUUCUUCUUUAUGUGGACGAUAUGAUUUUUACUAGUGAUGAUGUUCACAAAAUUUCUGCACUCAAAAAGUCUCUUAGUGAACAAUUUGAGAUGAAGGAUUUGGCAAAGGUUGGCCUCACUGACAGCAAAACCGUCUCUACUCCUCUCAAGCCUAAUGAACACCUAACACCCCUGGACGACACACCUCUUCCUACUACCACCUUGUGUCGACAAUUAGUAGGCAGUCUUGUUUAUUUCACUGUUGCUCGACCUAACAUUGCACAUGCUGUGCACUUUAUCAGCCAAUUUUUGUCAGCUCAUCGAUCUACACAUUAUGUUGAUGUGCUUCGCAUUAUUUGCUAUGUUAAAGACACUUUAUUUUAUGGUCUUUACUACCCUUCUAGUUUUGCACUCGUAUUACGUGCCUAUUCAGAUGCUGAUUGGGCUGAUGAACCGACUGAUUGCCGUUCUACCACGGGAUUCUGUUUCUUCUUGGGUGAUUCUCUUAUAUGUUGGCAUAGCAAGAAACAAACCUUGGUCUCUUGCUCCAGCAUCGAAUCCGAAUAUCAUGCUUUUGCUGAUACCGCUCAGGAGCUCCUUUGGCUUUGCUGGUUACUUUAUGGGUGUUACUUCUUCCAUUGCCACUCCUCUAUACUAUGA